AUUGGUCAGGGAUGAAGGCGCGCGGGCUUCGCGUGGGCCCGCUAGUCGCACGCUGAGGAGAUACCGAGUCUCUCUGAGGGGAUCCCGGGCCUCACCGGGGUCCCUGACCUCACGGACCUUCCGGGUCGCUUAGCUGUCUCAGGGCCUGCUGAGUCUGCGUUUCCGCAGGCCCGGAGUCGGCGACAGUUGCUCUUUUCGUUCGGUCGCCGGUUCGAUGGGAGAGCCUCCUGGGAAGCUCCUCAGCUGUGAGGAGAAGAAAAAGUUAAAAAAAAAAUUAGCAUUCUUGAAAAGAGAAUACAACAAGACACUGGCACGCCUCCAGCGUGCCCAAAGGGCUGAGAACCUUAAGCAUUCUUUUAAGACAAUAGAAGGACCUGACUGCUUGCCCCAGCAGGACGUUUCACCACAGCUAAACCACUCAGAAUCUAAAAAUAAAGAAUCACCUUGUGACAAAUUACAGAUCAAUUCUCAUCUUGACAACAAAACUGGAGAAAAGACAUCUAUCACCAUUGAUGUUGAGCCUGAGUCCUUCAACCCUAUAGAGGGCCCAGAAAAAGGAUCGUGUAUUCAAGGAAUAGUUGAUCUACAAGAACAUUUUCCCUGCAGAGUCAGUGGUUCUGAUGAUGAAAAAAGGCAGAGUAAGCUGCCAGGGAGAACAAAGAAGCAGCAGAAGAGAAUAUUAUUUUCACAGGAGAGAGAAUGUUUCAUUAAUACUGAUUCACUUGUACUCUCUGGAAAAAGACUAAAGGAACAAGAAGAAAUUAAUAGCAAAAAUCAUAGGUCACUAGUAACUGAAAUAACAACUCAUUCCUCAAGUCUUAAGUCUAAAAUUACAGAUUCUUCAGCACCAGUUACAGAAACUAGUGGAGGAAAUUUAUUAAUUCCACCUACUGCCAAACCAGAAAGAGAUGCUGAUACACUUUUAAGAGGAUAUAAUUUUCCCAAAGAGACUACAGUUCCUAUGCAUAUUCCAUCAGAUGGCAGUAGUAGCCAGCACCUUGAACAUAUGCCUCCCACAAGUAACUGUGAACUUAAUACUCAAGGCUUAAAAUGUGUUAGCCCUGCUUCAUCUAUACACUUGGAGGCACAAAAUAAAAAAAUGACUGUCUUUAUGGAUAACCCAGUGGCAAAUAAAGCUCUAAGUACAAGCAGCCAGCUGCCUAGUUCUAACUUAGAGGCAGAUAAUUCAUGUCCUAGAGAUGACUUUACUUAUAAUAACUUACCAGCAAAUGAAAACCAAAAAUUAAAAGAACAAAAUCACACAGAAAAAUCUUUAAAAUCUCCGAGUAUCACUCAGGAUGGUAGAAAUAAAAUUCUUCAGGAAAAUGAGGUUCUAAGUCAAUCUAAGAGUCUUAGCCUAGAUGCAAUCGAUUCUGUUAAUACAGAAAACCAAACACAUUCUUGUACAAUGCUUGAAGGCCUUCUAUUUCCAGCAGAAUAUUAUGUUAGAACAACACGACACAUGUCAAAUUGCCAGAGGAAAGUAGCUGUGGAUGCUGUAAUUCAGAGUCAUUUAGGUGCUAGGAAAAAAGGGUAUAAAAAUAAAAAUAAAACAACUAAAGAUUUAAACCUUUCCAGUGAAGAAAUGGACCAAAGUGAAAUGUCUGACACAUGCACAGGACAACAUAGUUUAAGAAGUCCUUCCCAAAAACUUCUCUCAUUAGCUGAAGUCAACCCUCCUAUUGGAUCCACUGAAGAUAAUGACUUUUCCAGGAAGGCAGUUAGCCAGACAACUGUUAGAUAUACAGGAAAAAGAAAAUCAACCUGCACUCCAGAAUUAGAUCAUUGUGAACCGCUUUUGCCCACUUCCAGUGCAUUAGAUAUUAACAGCUCCAAGAAAGAAACUACCUUGCACAGAUACCAGAAUGAACAAGCAAUCAUUCAUGGAGAGGAAAGUCACUGUCAAAAAGAGGACUGCCUUUCUUCUAGUAAUUUAGCUUUGGAAGAUGAUGCAUUCAAUGCUCCAUUUCAUAAGAAUGAAAUACUAUGUUUAAAGGAAUUGCCAUCUUUUCUCAAUAUCACAGAUUUCCAGUUACCUGAUGAAGAGUUUGGGCCUCUAAAGCUUGAAAAACUGAAGUCCUGCUCAGUAAAACCAGUGGGGCUGUUUGAACCAAAAACAUUUGAAGAGAGGCCUCUUAAGGAGGCAAAUUGCAUUGUUCUGAAGGAAAUGACUCCUGAACAAAUAGACACAGAAAUAGAGGACUUCAAAGAGGAACUUACUGUUCCUCCAGCAAAAUCACAUUCUAAAGUGGUAAACUUAAGACGCCAGCGUACAAAGACAGGUCUUUCUUCAUCCAUAUUACUUUUCACACCUUUAAAUAAUGUUGCACCUGAUAAUGACAGAUCUACAGAUGUGUGUUCACCUACUUUCCCUAUCUUAGGUACUACUCCAGCUUUUGGCUCCCAGGCCUAUUGUGAAAAAGUGUCUGCAGAGGUUGUUAGACAAACUUGUUCACCCCAGCUUCCUCACUUGAAAGACACAGUCAAUCUUGCUAGUGGAAGUAAACAAUGUGACAGUUCCACCAGUCCACCAAAACUGGAAACCAACUUGCAGGUAUCAGGUAGGCAAGGACAGCCUUCCUGUGGCUGUGACACUGGCUCCCAAGCAGCACCUCUACCCAUUGAGUCAUUCACUUUCAAAGAAAAUCAGUACUGUGGAAAUACAUACCUGGAUUUGUGUGAAGAUUCCAUUGAACAGACUGAAAUAGCAGAUCUCCCUGCUUGUGAUAGCUUAAGUCCAGGCAGCCUACAGUUGGUUUCGAAGUUAAAGAAUACUUCAGGUUCCUGUUCUGUGGAUGUGAGUGCCAUGUGGUGGGAAAGGGCUGGUUGUAAAGAACCAUGUAUCAUAACUGCUUGUGAAGAUGUUGUCUCUCUUUGGAAACCUCUGGACACUUGGCAGUGGGAAGAAAUUUACACCUGGCACUUCACAGAGGUUCCAGUAUUGCAAAUAGUUCCAGUGCCUGAUGUUUAUAAUCUUGUGUGUGUAGCUUUGGGAAAUUUAGAAAUCAGAGAAAUCAGAGCAUUACUUGGUUCCUCUAGUGAUGAAAGUGAAAAGCAAGUACUACUGAAAUCUGGGAAUAUAAAAGCUGUGCUUGGUCUGACAAAGAAGAGGCUAGUCAGUAGCAGUGGGACCCUUUGUGAUCAACAAGUAGAAAUCAUGACAUUUGGAAAAGAUGGAGGAAGCAAAGACAAACUGUUUUUAAUGUCCCCUGAAGAGACUGUCCUAACUUUUGCUGAGGUCCAAGGGAUGCAAGAAGCUCUGCUUGGUACUACUAUCAUGAAUAACAUUGUUAUUUGGAACUUAACAACUGGUCAACUCCUGAAAAAGAUGCACAUUGAUGAUUGUUACCAAGCUUCAGUCUGUCACAAAGCCUAUUCUGAAAUGGGACUCCUGUUUGUUGUUCUGAGUCAUCCUUGUGCCAAGGAGAGCGAAUCAUUGGGAAGCCCUGUGUUUCAGCUGAUUGCCAUUAAUCCCAAGACGUCCCUGAAUGUGGGUGUGAUGCUGUACUGCCUUCCUCAAGGGCAGGCUGGAAGGUUCCUUGAAGGUGAUGUGAAAGAUCAUUGCGCAGCAGCUGUCUUGACUUCUGGCGCAAUUGCUGUUUGGGACUUACUUCUAGGUCACUGCACAGCUCUCCUUCCACCUGUCUCUGACCAAAAUUGGUCUUUCGUUAAAUGGUCAGGUACAGAUUCUCAUUUGCUGGCUGGACAAAAAGAUGGAAAUGUAUUUGUGUACCGCUGUUCAUAAGUUAAGGUAAAAGUUAGGCAAAGGCUUUCUGGAUAUAUUUGGCCUCUUAAUAUUUUUUCAGUUGUAACUUGACAGUUAUUAUAAGUUGACAAUAUGUGAAUGACAUUUAAAAUAUUUACUGUAUUCAUCCAGACAAACUUAACUUUUUUUUUUAAUCUUACGGUGGUGGCACUACUGACCUUGAAUGUUCACUUAUACUUAUUUUGGGGGAAAGAGCUGCUUUGGAUUAAAUAUUGUAAUUCCCCACAUUUGCACAUUUGUUUUUAAUGGUGUACAUAAAACUUUAAAUGUUAAUAAAUAUUUAUUUCGAGGUAUUCUGCUUAGAAUAUCCUUUUCUUCCUCAUUCUAUUAAGAUCGUUUUUUUGGGA